GAUUGUGCUACGAAAGGUCAGCUGGGGCCAACUUUCGGGAUCACGAAAUCACGUAUUUUAAAUCCUGUCUCCAAAAGAAAAAAAAGUUUGCGAGGCAUACGUGUUAGUAUUUGCGUGCAUUUAUUCAUUUGUGCAGUGUGUCACAAGGACUGCCAUCUGCUUGGAACUUUAAUGUGGCCGUUUUGGGGCAAAUCGCGAUCGUAAACAGGAAACCGAAGAACUACAUGUUCUUGACGCUGUAAAUGGGUGGCUGCUGUGCCUUAGGAUGCAAAAACUCAACGUACGGUGGAAAACGCUUAUUUCGGGUUCCGACAGGAGAAAGAAAUGCGAAGAGAAGAGAAGCCUGGCUACGGCUCAUAGGACGGUCAUAUAAUUACAAGGAUGCUCGAUUGUGCGAGGAUCAUUUUGAGCCUGACCAGUUCGAAAACCAUAGGGCAGAUGGAAGAAGACUUCUCAAGGGAAUGGCUGUUCCCACCAUACACACUGCCGACAUACCUGAAUCAAAACGACAGUGGCAAAACAAAGAUCACCUCUCCAAAACUGAAGAGGCCUCUCAGAAGGAAACAGAAAUAAAAGUGCAACAAAAGAACGUACUACACGACGAUGUGGACAGACACUGUGUGCAGACUGUUACCUGUGAAGAUCUCACUAUUGAUUACGUCUGCGAUAUUCCUAUGAGCGACAGCGUGCUGCUAGAGAGGACUGUCAAACAAGAUGGAACAUGCAAAAUGGUAUUUAUCCAGUAUGCAAGCUAGAGACAUUGUGUGUGUGCGUCAUCAUGUACGGCAUGUUUCUUCCUGUCGUGUCAAAACGGCCAAUGAAAUGAAUGGCGACCCAUUGCCCCAAGUUGUGCCGUACCAAUAUAAAAGACUGCUGAAUGCAUCAGUGGAAAACUAAAUUCCAAGUACAGUGAACCCUCGUUAAUGUGACCACUGCCGUUCCCACGGAUUUUGGUCAUAAAGCGAAUUGUCAUAUUAACGAGAAACGCACCCUCCCGGACAGGACACACCGCUACGCACAACAGAAGCCGACGUACUUAUGAUUUAUUUUUUGAAAAAUCUGUUAACAAUGAGUAUGUCAGUCAUUAAUUUUUCUAAAUGGACAAUAGCAUUAUCAAUUGCGGACACGUUUUCCACCUUUAUCUGCAAGGCAACCUGUAGGGCUUUGCUUGCCUCCUUCGAGUAACGCCGCGCUUCAUUCUGACUGCCAUAUCCCUCUUACGCUCUGUUUCGGCCACCCUUACGUGAAGACAGCAGCACAGCGUGCCCUGGUUCCCUCCUUUUUAAGCACUUCGGUUAUUGGAAAAGCGGUAUUAGUACAAUCCCGAGGUCAGCGAUUUCGGGGGACAUCCCAAACCUUGACAUCCCACUUUAACACGUGUCACCCUCUGAGCGAGGUACGAGAUAGCCUCUCCCGGGGUCUACUCUGAGGGUCAUGUGACGUGGACAUAGUAACGAGAAGAUAAUGCCUGUGUUUGACCCUACUUGUGACAAAAAUCUUGGUCAUUUUCCGAUAAACGGAUUGCCAUAUUAACGAGGGGGAUUUACGUCCCAGAGGAAGUGUUCCUGAGAAAAACGGUCAUAAUGCGAGUAUGUCAGAUUAACGCGGGUCAUAUUAACCAGGGUUCACUGUAUUACACUUAAAGGGGAAAAAGCACGUAAAAUGUUGGCACUGCAAAUACCAAGGCUCUCGAGGCUCUGACAUCACAGCAAGCACUCCACCAGUGAGGCGGCGCAAUAAGGGACACACGUUUUCAAGAAGUGGCGAUGCUCUCUCUUCUCCAACAUGAGAUCUUGAUGCGGAACUGUGUUCAACGGUUGCUGUCUUGUUAGCUAUGACAAGUAGAAAUACAGUUCUUUUUUUCCAGCGAUUCAGCGAGUCACAUCUAUUGUCAGGGUGCUAUGAGCUCCAGAGUAUUUUUCUAUAGGGAACUUUUUGCCACAUUGCACAAGUAAGUCUCCUAAAAUUUCAAUUAAGAGAAAUUGAGCUUCAAACUGUGACAGGUUAAUGUAACACACUUUUUAUCGGAAACAGGAAGCGCUCAACUUCUGGCAGCCACAGUUUGACAAAAUGACAAGUGUUAUAAUAAUGUUUACCAAUAAUACCGCCAAUUCACUGUGUUUUGUUAUGCAACAUACAAUUCUGUCUGUACAUUUGAUGGUUACAAAGAGCUUGCUGUAGUGCAAAAAUCAAAUGAGGAAUAAUGACAUACAUAUGUGCAGCAAGUGUCAUCUCGUGCGUUUCUUCGUCCGUAUUUCAUGCUCUACGUACAUUUAUAUUCGAUGCAUAUUCAGUUUGAAUCUGACAGCUGAUUUUGAGGUUAGAGUUGUGUUCAACUAAGUUACGUGUGGACCAAGAUCAGGAUGAUUGAUGAAGGCUACUGCUUUGAGAGAGGUUAAAAAUGUCAACGGUAAAAGGAUACGGUAAAAAAUUGAAUUACAGGCAGGACAGAGAGAGGAAGCUGAUACUGAUGUCACUAGAGUGAAAUAUCUCCUCUAAUGUUCUAUUGUAAAUAUUUUGCGCAAUGGGCCAUCAUAAGAAAGGACGUGAAGGCUUUUGUCUAGCUUUGGUUUUAGUCCGAAGUGUCGCCUUAAUGAGGCUAACCUAUUUUGACCAUGUCACACAUGAAUGAAUAACUACUUUUUGUGUGCACAAUACAUGUGCUGUUGUAUUUUACUUUUUUCUUGUCUGCGGAUUGUCACCAAGUGAACUUGUUCAUGUGUUUCUUGUGCGACACGCUUUCAAGAAAAUCAGUCUUGAGAAAUAUAUGGGGACCGUUUUGAGCUUGA